AUGUAACCGCAAAUUGUUGAUGAUUGUCUUCUUUAAUAGGUAUAAAUUUAACCUAUAACAUAGUUGAGACGCAUCUUUAGUUUUCCAGUCUUAAGUAGAAACAAUUUUCUAUUGAAAAAAUUUGAUUCCUCCACUGGGUAUAUUCGUCUUUCUUGUUUAGCAAAAGAGAAUAGCUUUAGGUAAUUUUUAGAAUAUCCAAAUGGAAUGCAGAAUUUAGUUAAUGUAUAUAAGUUUAACAUCAUUCAAAAUAGAUAUUAAUUCAAUUCAACUAUACCAAUUGGGUUUAUGAUCAAACCUUUAGUGCAGUGUCUCCAAUCUUUACAAAGGAGAGAAAAUAAGUUUAAAUUUUGAUUAAGAAAAAUCAAGUAGAAGAAUUCAAAAAAUUUUUAUAAGAAUUAGAAGUUAAAUAAGAAUGGGAACCAAUGGAAGCUGAAUAUGUUCCAAAUAAAGAUAUGAUUAAAUUAUUCAUUGUUUUUGAAACUUAAGAAGAUGCCUAAUAUGGGUUUAGCAAAAUAUCACAAUCGAAAUCAAUUGUAAAAGAUCUAUAUAAUUAUAUAGUAUGGCAUAUAAAAUGCUAAAAUGGAAGAAGUUGAUUAUUUUGUUAAAUUUUUAAGUAUUGUUACAACUAAACAACUAUAAUUUUAAGAAUAAAGAAUUAAUAACAUGAGAAAUUAUGAUGAAACUCAAAAUUAAUUUCAGAUUCAUUAAUAAUAAUAACCUCAAUAAUCUUAAAAUAUUUAAUAAUAAUAAUAAUAUUAACAAUAAUAUUAACAAUAAUAAUAAUAAUAAUAAUAAUAAUAAUAAUAAUAAUAAUAAUAAUANAUCAUGUGA